UCCAUCGCAGUUGCAGGACUUUGCCCUACGUAUAAAGCUGUAAUUCCGGGCCGCGCCGUGGGGCCCUCCUUAGAACGUCCCUUAUAUGUGUCACUCAUUAGCGCGCGAGCUCUCUCUUUUAUAUUGUUGCAAAUUUUCUCAGCAAAAGUUUUCGAAAUUUAAGCUGUUAGAGGUUUGAAUCCGGAAACAGAUAUAUAGGGGGAGCUCGAGUUUGAUCUGUUUUGAAAUGGCGGAGAUCAUCUGCGGGGUGGUGAGCGAGAACAGGUGCGAGAAGGGAAGCUCACGUGCUGCGAGGCGGAGGAGGAUGGAGAUCCAGCGGUUUAACUGCGUCUCCGGCGACAAGGUCCCGGCAGAGUCCGAAGAAAAUGCCGAUAAGCGGAAGAGGGUGGAGUUUUAUACGACUCGGGGCAGGGAGAACUGCUGUGACGGACAGAAGGUUGAUAUGGAGAAAGGUGACAGAGAAGAGGAGAUGACGGUUUCGAGCCUAGUGAUGUCCACCAAGUGUCCUACCACGUCAGCGUCUUUACCGGACGCGAAGUUCGGAAUGGCUUCCGUCUGUGGUAGACGACGAGAUAUGGAAGACGCCGUCACUAUCCGCCCCUCCUUCUGCCGCCCCGACCAAGAAUCCGUCACUGAUAUUCACUACUACGGCGUGUACGACGGCCAUGGCUGUUCUCAUGUGGCGAUUAAGUGUAGGGAGCGGUUUCAUGAGCUAGUGAAGGAGGAGAUAGAAAACGAAAAAGCUAAGCAAGAAUGGCAGGGCGCGAUGGAGCGGAGCUUCAUGCGAAUGGACAUGGAGGUGACUGCGUAUAUCCGAGGCGCGGUCGCAAGAGCAAACUGCCGUUGCGAGCUUCAAAUGCCGGAGUGCGAGGCUGUCGGAUCCACCGCCGUUGUCGCUAUUGUUACGUCGGAUAAGAUUAUCGUCGCCAACUGUGGUGAUUCCAGAGCCGUCCUCUGCCGUAACGGCAAGGCCGUACCUCUCUCCUCCGAUCAUAAGCCGGAUCGACCAGACGAGCUGAGUCGAAUCGAGGAGGCGGGCGGCCGGGUUAUAUACUGGGGCUGUCCACGGGUGUUCGGAGUCCUGGCCAUGUCGAGAGCCAUAGGUGACAACUAUUUGAAACCGUACGUGAGUUGUGAGCCGGAGGUGACGGUAACGGAUCGGACUUCGGAGGAUGACUGUCUGAUACUGGCGAGCGAUGGGCUCUGGGACGUGGUGUCAAACGACACGGCAUGUGGGGUGGCGUUAAUGUGCCUCAGAGGGAAAGCGCACGCACCGCCGAUGGAGAGUGAGAGUAAAGUGGUGGAGAACUCCGACAAGGCGUGUGCGGACGCGUCGACGCUGCUGACGAAGCUUGCGUUGGCGAGGCAGAGCACUGACAACGUGAGCGUGGUCGUGGUCAAUCUUAGGCGCAGCACCUAGUCCAUGUUUGCCUUUUUUUUUUUGUUCGGAAUUUAGGUUCGGGUUAGG